AUGAUGGGCCGGCUGCGGGGCGCGCUGAUGCCCCUGGACCCCCUGGGCAACGCCGGGCUGCUGUGCCAGGCCUGCGGCUUCCUGCUCAUCGACCCGCAGCAGGCGGAGUGCGGCCACCGCUACUGCCUGGGCUGCGUGAAGAGGCUCUUCAGGGACGUGGACAGGAUGGUGUGUCAUGCUUGUAGGGAAGGACUGAGCCCCAGACAGUUCCACAGUGACAAAGCUGCAGAAAACGAUGUCCUCGCCACUGAAGUUGGUUGCCCAAAUUUUGGCUGCUCCUGGUCUGGAACUCUGAUAUCUUAUCAGGAGCACGUUUGCCCCUCUGUGGCUCAAUGUGGAACUGCAAAGGAAUCUGGCUUGGCUCUCGGGGAUCAAGAGAUUGUCGAAGAAAGGAAACUCUCUCGGAGCUCCAAAAACACCAGCAUGGGCGACUCUUCUUUGAACACAGAAGCUGUCCUGUUGCGUGUGGAGUCCCUGGAGCUGAUGGUGGUUUCUCUGCGGCGGCAGCUGAACAGCCAGGUGGCCACGGUGAAGUCUCUCCAGCGCUGCUGUUCCCAGUAUGAGAAGAUGCUGAGAACCUCUCAGGAGAUUCACGGGAGCUCCUGCAGAGGCAAAGGGUCCGAGCCGCCAUCGUCGGAGUUGAUCAGCACCAACGGGACGCUGGUGUGGAAAGUGGAGAACUUCUCCAAGCUCCUGAGGGACUCCACUUGCGGGAAGAAGCGUUCCGUCUACUCCCCGGUCUUUGCCACCCAUGCUUUUGGAUACCGCCUCUGUGUCCGGAUGUACCCUGACGGAGACGGCAUUGGCAAGGGGAGCCACCUUUCCCUCUUCCUUGCCUUGGCCAAGGGGCCCUACGACGACGUCUUGCCGUGGCCCUUCCGGCAAAAGGUCACCUUCCUCCUCCUGGACCCCACUCGGAGGAAGCCACCGCUGAAGGAGACCUUCCUGCCAGAUCCUCACAGCGCCUCCUUCCACCAGCCGCGCGAGAGGCUCAAUGUCGCCAGCGGGAGCCCCCUCUUCGCCGGCAAAGCCCAGAUUCCCAACUACCUCAGGGACGACGUGCUAUAUCUCAAAGUCGUGGUGGAUUUGGCAGGGAUGGACGCUUGA